UCCCCCAAAACCCAGAACUCCCAAAUCGAACCGGCAAAUCAAAUCCCUCUCCGCGCAAAAUAAGAUAAAAAAUGAAAGUAAAUAAAAGCAGUGUUCCGAAAGCAAUUUGCGAUUCCGGCUUGGGAUUUCAAUUAAGGUUCUGAAACCUAGGGUUUCAAUCCGUCCGUAAGAAAUCGUACGCGAGUAGAGUAGUAGUCACAGUCACAGUCGUCGUUGUCUUCUUCUUCGUCUGGGCUUCGUUGCAAUGAGCGCCAUUAACAUCACGAACGUGACGGUGCUCGACAAUCCAGCUCUGUUUCUGGCACCCUUCCAGUUCGAAAUUUCUUACGAGUGCAACACUCCUCUCAAAGACGAUUUGGAAUGGAAGCUCAUCUACGUGGGAUCUGCUGAGGAUGAGACUUAUGACCAACUACUGGAGAGUGUACUUGUUGGGCCCGUCAAUGUUGGAAACUAUCGUUUUGUACUACAGGCAGAUCCUCCUGACCCAUCCAAGAUUCGUGAUGAAGACAUCAUUGGAGUGACAGUGCUUCUGUUGACCUGCUCUUAUAUUGGUCAGGAAUUUAUCCGAGUGGGCUACUAUGUUAACAAUGAUUAUGAUGAUGAGCAGCUGCGAGAAGAACCUCCUCCAAAGGUCUUGAUUGAUAGGGUUCAAAGAAACAUUUUGUCUGAUAAGCCCAGGGUCACAAAGUUCCCCAUCAAUUUCCAGCCAGAGAAUACUGAGAGUGGAGAACAACCCUCUCCACGUGAUCAGCCUAAUGAGGCGGAUGGAAGCAGAGAACAGCUAAUUUUGCCCGUAGAUCCUUCAGAGGAGCAGAAACCUUAGCUACGGUAAACAUCGGUUCAGGAAGCUAUGCUGACUUUUGGUUGUUGGAAGUCUCGUUCAUUCAGGUGAUAUUUUGUGCUGACUGGGAUUAUCAAAUUUGUAGCAAUAGGAGACAGAUGUUCACUACUAGCCUGAAAUCUCACCGAACCUUGUGUAUAAUCUUAACUUUUUGGACUAAUAUCACUUCUGGAGCUUUUUCUUUGUUUAAGUUUGCGUAAUCAAGGUAGUCGUAAAUGUAAAAUGCAAUGGUUCUGUGUUUCACUUGUUUUAUUGGUCCGAUAGCCUAUACCAAGAAUUUUAGCAGUAGCAUGUUUGAGUUA